UGAAAGUCCAUUAAAAAUGCCAACUGCAUGAUUUUGUAAAUUAUGAUAAUUUAAUGCAAUGCUUUACAUUGUAUGCUCAUAUAAAGUCCCUAUGAAAUGCAAUAAAAUUUGUUGUUUGUAACAUAGCAAAAUGCAAAAAGACUUGGAUGCAUAAUUGGUAUUAUAAUAAUAAUGCUUCUCCAUAGUUCAAACCCUUGGAUUUACAUGAUGUAAUAUCUUGUUUGUCCAGAAUGUUUCUUUGCUCCUGGACCACAAAUUCAAAUAUUUGCCUGUUCAAUGCAGACAGUGUAAUUUGAUUUCUCACAUUUUACUGUCUUAUUCAUAUGAACACACCCCACCUGUCCACACAGAGCAGGUGAACAUGCAAAGCUAACCUGUCAAUGAACAGAUACGCUUCCUUUUCCUGCUUUUCAGUCAUUCACAUACUCCAAGGCUGUGUAUAACCUCUGUGUGUUUUUGGAGUUGCUGCUCUUUUCUCAGAAAACAGGUGCAGCCCUGCUCUGUCACUUCUGUUCCCACAUAUCAGGCACUUCAGGUUCUGUAGGUUUGAAUAAAUUCCCCUCCCAGUGCAUGACAUUACUUCUCUGGCUCGCCUACAUAGGCGUGACUGAGCACUCUCUUUAAACGCAGGUGACUUUUCAUGGGAAACGUAUUUUCUGAAAAGCAGAACCACUUCAGGAUGCAAAAAACAGCAUUUUUUUCCUUGGUGCUGGUGUUGGCAGUGAGCUUUUUUCUUUUUAUUCUUUCUUGGGAAAAUUAUGAAGGUGAAUCAAAUUGGAAAGUCUUCUCAGGAAAAGUACUACCUAGAGGUGAAGAUACAUCGAUUAAUGUUGUGCAAAUGAUAAGGAAGCUGAGUCUGUUAUCAGGUUUGCCAACAGAGAUUGAGAGGAAAACCAAUAAAACCAACAUUUACUCCCUAGGAAACGUUAAAACUCAGAGCAGAGCUCCUGAGAGUCCUGUCCCCAUCAUGGAUUUAAGUUCCUUCAAAAAACUUCCUCAGUGGAGUUUUGAGGAUAUAUACAAUCUGGAUGCUCCAAUAACACCAACAACUUGUCCACAGUCUCUGCGUAACUCCAAGGACGAGGACUUCCAGAAAGCUUUCCUUCCCAACAUUCGCAUGUUUCUGCACAAAGACAACUUCAACAUCAGAGAGUGGAACCGGCUCUCGCACUUCAACAAUCCUUUUGGUUUUAUGGGAAUGAAAUAUAGUGGUACAGCUGGAGCAAAUCAACCAGCUGUAACCAUCCUUGGUAAAUAUUUGCUUGCAGAUGUAAAGCCUGUAGUGAAGCUGAUCUCAAAGCCCAAAGAGCCGCUGCUCCUCCCAAAGCCAGGCGGGGACGGCUGCGUCCACUGUGCCGUGGUGGGAACGGGCGGCAUCCUGAACGGCUCAAAGAUGGGCGCCGAGAUUGAUGCUCACGACUACGUGUUUCGGAUGAAUGGUGCAGUGAUCAACGGCUACGAGGAAGACGUAGGGACAAAAACGUCGGUUUAUGUUCACACCGCUCAUUCAAUCACAGCAUCCCUUGAAAUUUUUAAGGAGUACGGAUACAAGUCUGCCCCGCAUGACGAAGGAAUAAAGUAUGUCCUGAUUCCUGAGGGUCUGAGGGAYUACCAGUGGCUGCAGGGUCUUCUCAAAGGAGAGAAAGUUUCCUCCGGUCAAUACCAAGAUAUAGAUCCCAGAGCUUAUUACUCAGGACAGUUCAGUGAGGAUAACGUCUAUGUUCUGCACCAGGAUUUCCUGCGAUACGUUCGAAACAGGUACUUAAGUUCAAAUGACCUUAGUGGAGAUUACUGGGCAAUUGUGCGACCAACCAACGGGGCGUUUACUCUCUUUGUGGCUCUGCACACAUGCGACACGGUGAGUGCAUAUGGAUUUAUGACAGAAGACUACAGCAAAUACUCAAACUAUUAUGCGGAGAAGCUUUUGAGCGAAGUAAUUUUCUACAUCAACCACGAUCUCAUUCUGGAGAAAAAUCUGUGGAAAAGCUUUCACGACAAAAAAAUACUGAAGCUGUAUCAAAGAACUGGGUCAGAAAAGCGAACGGAUUCCUGAUUCAGCGUCAGGAGUCAAGAAGACCUGAAAAAAUAUGACGGUGUUUAUUAUUUUUAUGACUGUACUUUAACCUUAAGCUUAUUUAAAUGAGCUCUAUGUACACAAGUGGCAGAGACUUGUGUAAAUAUUUGUUGUAAAAUAAUGUCCUACAUGUGGACUGUAUUGAGGCAUAUAAGUUGCUAAAAUGAAGAAUAUUUUUACAUUUAUUUAUAGAUGCAUUAUUGUUUUUGCAGUAAUAAUCUCUGCAUUUUAUGUUGGUGACAUAUCUUUGCAAUGUGGUAGCUGUAGCAAUAUUUUAGUUUUAAAAAAGCACUCUAACAGAUUAACACUGUCAAGAAAGCAAGCAUUUUUAAAAUAAAUACAUAAAACCAAAAAUAUAUUUAAUGAACUUUUGUUUAUUCAUGUAGCUUAUAAUUAGCAGGGGAAACUGUAGAACUACAUUUUGUGGAAGAAAACGGCUAAUAUACUGUGAAUAGUGUGGAAAUCAGUGUUGCUUGUAUGUUAUUAUAUUUUUCUGUUUGUUUUAUUUGUUAAUCACUUUUGAAAUAAACUGACACAGUAAACUA